UAUUCCAAGCCCGGUGUGGAGGCCAGGUUUUGCGGGGUGCGUGGGUGCGCGUUGUUUGUUUGAUUGCCGCUCUUCCCCACCCCCACCCCACCCCCACCCCCCUUUCCCUGCUUCCGAGGGGGCUGUUGCAUUCCUCCGGACGAGCAACGAUCCUUCGGGUUGGAUUUCACGGACACGGAAAGGGGAUGGGUGGGGGGGGGAGACGCCGAACUCCGCUCAUUCCGGCGGCGUGAGAUUCCGACCAAAUUUCUUUCGCCGAGAAGAAAUCCGCUGGAAGGUCCUGUUCCGUCUAGAACCGCAGUUCUUUCGGUAAAGGGUUCUCCAUCAUGAUGGAAUUAACUCAAAUGGGUCCCUCAAAUGGAUUUGCAUAGUAGGCUCUAAGUAUCUGGACAUCCAUCUUCUUGGAUAAGUGACAUCAGCAUUAAAUACAAGAAUCAAGGGAUGGGCUGCAGCCAGAAGAAGUCCAUUGCUGUUUGUGUUCCUGGGAACUGUCUAUGUUUAAUCUGCUGACAUACCUACCACAUCUAAAUUGGGUUUUCCCUGUUUGACCAAUAAUACUUUACAUUUUCCCUGGUAAAUUAUUCUCUUCCUCAUACACCUCAUACACUUUUCUAAUUUUCACUGCUGUUUCAGUCUUUUUCUGCAAAAUUUGUUUUUCUGCCUGGCUGUGAACGUCUUCGGAACCUGCUAAUGCUGAUGUGAAACCAUGUCAAAGCCAGUGGGACUCUUAUGGCUGUAUUUGAUUUUUACUCCUAUUUGUGUCAUGCUGAAUUCUAAUUUCCUCCUUUGGAUAACUGCCCUAGCAAUACGUUUUACGCUUAUUGAGGGACAAGCACAAUACCCAAUUGUAACUACAAAUUAUGGCAAAAUCCGUGGUGUAAGAACACCCUUGCCCAAUGAAAUCCUUGGUCCUGUGGAACAGUAUUUGGGAGUCCCUUAUGCUUCUCCUCCAACUGGAGAGAGACGUUUCCAACCCCCAGAGCCUCCUUCUUCAUGGACUGGUAUACGGAAUGCCACACAAUUUGCUGCUGUUUGCCCACAGUAUCUGGAUGAGAGAUCCCUGCUUAAUGAUAUGCUACCAGUUUGGUUUACUGCCAACUUGGAUACUGUAAUGACCUAUGUGCAAGAUCAAAAUGAAGACUGCCUUUUUCUGAACAUUUACGUACCAACUGAGGAUGAUAUACAUGAUCAGAACAGCAAGAAACCAGUGAUGGUCUAUAUUCAUGGUGGAUCAUAUAUGGAAGGUACAGGGAAUAUAGUUGAUGGCAGCAUACUGGCAAGCUACGGAAAUGUCAUUGUUGUAACCAUCAACUACAGGCUAGGGGUCCUAGGUUUCCUAAGUACUGGAGACCAAGCAGCAAAAGGCAAUUAUGGAUUACUUGAUCAAAUUCAAGCUCUGAGAUGGAUUGAAGAAAAUAUUGGAUCAUUUGGAGGAGACCCCAAAAGAGUUACUAUUUUUGGAUCAGGAGCUGGAGCAUCUUGUGUUAGUCUCUUGACAUUAUCUCACUAUUCAGAAGGUCUGUUCCAAAAAGCAAUCAUACAAAGUGGAACAGCCCUGUCCAGCUGGGCAGUGAAUUACCAGCCUGCCAAGUACACUGCAAUUUUGGCAGAAAAAGUGGGCUGCAACACUUUGGACACUACAGACUUAGUUGAAUGUUUUCGGAAUAAGAACUACAAAGAACUAAUUCAGCAAACAAUCACACCAGCUACAUACCAUAUUGCCUUUGGGCCUGUGAUUGAUGGGGAUGUAAUUCCAGAUGACCCACAGAUUCUAAUGGAACAGGGAGAAUUCCUCAACUAUGAUAUAAUGCUAGGUGUAAAUCAAGGAGAAGGUUUAAAAUUUGUAGAUGGAAUUGUGGAUAAUGAAGAAGGCAUAUCUCCGAAUGAUUUUGAUUUCUCCGUAUCUAAUUUUGUGGACAAUCUAUAUGGUUAUCCAGAAGGGAAAGAUACUCUAAGAGAAACCAUUAAAUUCAUGUACACAGAUUGGGCAGACAAGGAGAAUCCUGAAACACGAAGGAAGACCCUGGUAGCACUUUUUACUGACCACCAAUGGGUUGCACCAGCUGUUGCCACAGCAGACCUCCAUGCUCAAUAUGGUUCUCCAACAUACUUCUAUGCAUUUUAUCACCAUUGCCAAAGUGAAAUGAAACCCAGUUGGGCUGAUUCUGCACAUGGUGAUGAAGUCCCUUAUGUGUUUGGUAUCCCCAUGAUUGGUCCUACUGAAUUAUUCAACUGCAACUUUUCAAAGAAUGAUGUCAUGCUCAGUGCGGUUGUUAUGACCUAUUGGACAAACUUCGCCAAAACAGGGGAUCCAAACCAGCCUGUUCCCCAAGAUACAAAAUUCAUCCAUACAAAGCCUAAUCGUUUUGAAGAAGUUGCUUGGUCUAAAUACAACCCAAAAGACCAACUUUAUUUGCACAUUGGUUUGAAACCCAGAGUUCGAGAUCACUACCGAGCAACAAAAGUCGCUUUCUGGUUAGAACUUGUACCACACCUGCACAAUUUGAAUGAAAUAUUUCAGUAUGUUUCCACUACAACCAAGGUGCCACCGCCUGAUAUGACAUCAUUCCCUUAUGUUACCCGACGUUCUCCUGGGAAGUUUACCACCAAACGCCCAUUAAUGACUCCAAGCAACAAUCCAAAGCAUUCAAAAGACACCCAGAAAACCUCUCCAGAGGAUACAAGUGUUCUGAUAGAAAACAAGAGAGAUUAUUCUACAGAGCUAAGUGUUACUAUUGCUGUAGGAGCAUCAUUAUUAUUCCUCAACAUUUUGGCAUUUGCGGCCUUGUACUAUAAGAAAGACAAGCGACGUCAUGAGACACACAGACGCCCCAGUCCCCAAAGGAACACAACCAAUGAUAUUGCCCAUAUACAGAAUGAAGAAAUUAUGUCACUGCAGAUGAAACAACUGGAGCAUGAUCAUGACUGUGAGUCACUACAAGCUCAUGAUACUCUGAGACUCACCUGUCCACCUGAUUACACCCUGACUCUUAGAAGAUCUCCAGAUGAUAUUCCACUCAUGACACCCAAUACCAUAACCAUGAUUCCAAAUACAUUAACAGGAAUGCAACCUUUGCAUACUUUCAACACUUUCAGUGGAGGACAGAACAGUACUAAUUUGCCUCAUGGACAUUCCACCACUAGAGUAUAGCUCAAUCAUCACAUACCACCUGGAAGAUUAACCAUAAGAAAAAAAGGGGGGGGAAUUCAUAUUCUCCAUCAAGAAAUUUGUGGAAAUGAAAAGUUAAAAGGUGAAGGAGCAGAAUGGUCAUAAUUUUCUUCAGAUCCUUUCCAUAGGAACUCUGAUAUUCAAGAAAGAUCACCCUUUCAAACCCUGUGAAAUGUGAAAUGUGUACAUUGCUAUUAGGAUUCCGCUUUAAUAUCUCAACCACUUUGAUUGAAAAUAAAGAGUUGAGGCCUGAAGAAAGUCUCCUAGAAAAGGAUAUAUAUUGAGUGUAACAAACAGAAACAGAACUUUUGAAACACAAAGCCAGUGACUGUAUAGGGUUUCUUCUUCUUUUUUUCCUUUGAAUAAUAAUAAUAAAAAAACAAUGUUCUAUAUGUGCCAUACCAUGAAUGGCCCUUGUUAUACAAAAGACGUCAUCAUGGGCUUUUACCCAUCCUAAGAAGCUGUAAUCCAGAAUGGGGAAAUAAGAUUUUAUUAUUAUUAAAAAAAAAUAGGACUGACUAUGCAGUAAAUAUGUAUAGUUCUGUGCAAAGAGAUGACUUGCCAGCCUGAACUAUAUUUAAGGAACUUUGUAAAAAAAAAAUUGUACAUAGCUGUGAGUUUUAAAAAAGAAGCUUUUAUUGAUGUUUUCAGUUUGAAAAAAGCUUUUAGAAAGAUUGUGCUUUCAGUUGUGAUCUAUGUGUAUAAGCAUUAAUCAUACCACCUAUGUUUCCUCCCAGACAUAAGGAGGGUGUUCUUCUUAAUUACUACUGAUGAUCCAAACAUGAAAGAUUUUUUUCCUAAUGUUUCAUUUCUGGGAAAACAUGUUGUAUUGUACAAAGGACACAGAUGACUAUGUGGCCUGCUAGAUUUUCCUUUACAGGCUGAAUAGAUGCAUGUUAAGGCAUCCGUAGAUAGGAAACAGGAUUUUAUUUUUCCUCCCUUAAAGGAAAGAAACCUCUCCUGCUACCCCAUCCCAUCAUUUUCCUUCCUCCUUGUGUUAGCGUCCAUUAUAUUGCAACACAGAGACAGAUUGGAAGAAUUUCAACAAGCUUGUUCAGUUGAUCUAGGAACUUUGUUCUUGGUAUCUGAUGUGCCAUGAAUCUUGGCUUCUUUCAGACAGCCUAUUUUCUAAAGCAGUUUUUUUUUCUUUGAUAAGAUUCUGCCUGCUCUAGCAGAUGGCAGAAAAGGUUAUGCAAAGAAGGGAAAUUGAUAUAGCUACAUUGAACAGGGAGAUCACACAAGUUAGACAAAGGGCGAUAUUAUUUUCCUAUUAAUUAAGUUCUUGCUGGAUCAGUAGCUAAAACUUUUGACCUAUUUUAAUCAAGCUUAGGCUUGAUAUCACAGAAAGCAAGUGAGAAACCCUAUUAAUGUAUAAUGGGUGAGUUGUUUUGAAGAGGUUGGAUCAUUUCAUAAUUCAUCAUUAUUCUAUAAGAAAAUAUUAUUCACAUCAUCUACAAAUGCAGGGAAGUGUGAUGUGAAAUGCAGCUGUUCCAACAAAAUGCCUGGCAUCUCUGUAUAGAGUUGAAAGACAAUUCUAAAGAAAAUCAAUCAAAAUAAAUUAGACAUUAUAAAAGUAGAAAUUGUUAUUAGUGAGUUACAAAUGGUUUAUAAAAGUAGAAACCAAAGAUAUUUGAACAGAGUUGCUCUGCACAAGAUCACAUCUUUCCUGGGGUGUACAUUCUAUUGUUUCUCUUUUAUUGAGGAAGGCACAACACUGCUAUACUAUCAUCUUUGUAAUAAUAAAUAUAAAUGUGAUGUGAUGUCACAUAAUGUUAACACAGGAUGCCUUCUGCUUUAAAAUAGAUAAUUUGAGCUAUUCUAACUUAUAGCUACUUUGAUGUUUUGCUGGGUAUGGAGUAUGGAAUAUAUGUACAGCUUCAUGCUGAUUCUGAGACAAAAAACAGGUUCCUAGAGUAGCAAACAACAGCUGGAGACCUAAUAGAAUUGUUAACAUGAUCUUCCAUCUUAGAAAAUUAAAUUAGUACAUACUUUCCUUUUCCCUCAGGGUAAAAUUUUAACAGUUCCAAUUUUUACCCAAUAGUCAAAGAAACUCAAUGCAUUCCUUGAUUUUUUUUAAAAAUGUAAUUGUAAUGUAUUUAUUUUGUUAGUUUUAUAUUUCACUUUCCCACUAGGAGCUCAUGGCAGCCAACAUAACAUUCCCUCCUCCAGCUUUUCCCCAUGAAAACAACCCUGUGAAAUUGAUCGGUCUUAAAAGUAGGAAUUGGCACAAAGUCACCUAGUGAGCUUUCCUAGCUGAAGGCAGGCUAGAAAUUGAGUCUCCUCCAUCCUUGCCCAGUAUCUGAAUCACUUCGUGACACUGGCUGUCUAAAGCUGGAUCUUUGCCAUCAUGACUAAAACAUAACACUUCUUCAUGACUCAGAGGGGAAUAAUAAGGAAAACGAUGGCAUCUUAUUCAGAUGGGUAUGUUUGUUAUGUGAAUUAUGGUAUUUGUUUAGUACUUCCAGUUGUUUUCUGCUAGCAAUAUGUACAGUAAUGUGUCGGGCUUGUGACAUUUGGAUAAAACCAUUUCUGUAAGUGAAUGAUUUUAGCUUUUAAAAAUCAAUGAAGAUGAUGUCACUUUAAUAAUUUAAUACAUCGGGACAGAUGUAUGAUUUAUAAAUGGAAAUUUUUAGGCUCUUCAAAGGAUUGUAUUAUAAUAAUAACAACAAAGGAUACUUUAAAGAAUAGGAAAAAAAAUCCCAGACUUUUCUUCUUAACCUUAAGAGGCACACAGGGUUUCUUUUAUUAUUAUUUCUUCAUUUUUUUCUUUUUGGUUUGCCUUAAGUAAGGACAGAAGAUAUAUAUGGCUGGACACAUAUGUAUAAACUUUUCAGCAGCAUUUUUAAUAA